AACGCGGCCGGGCGCGGCACCCCCCCGCCCGCCCUGCGCCCCGAGAGCUGGACCAGCAACCCCCACCGCGGGGGCACCGGCGGCGGCAGCGGGGGCUCGGGGCCCGGCGAGACCCGCGGGCGCUUCUCCUGCCCGCGGGCGCUGAAGGUGCCCUCCUACCUGAACUACCGCUUCCUCGGGGAGAAGGACUGCGGGGCGCCCUGCGAGCCCGGCCGCCUCUACGGGCUCAUGUACUUCGGGCCCGAGGAGCUGCGCUUCUCCCGCACCUGGAUCGGCAUCUGGUCGGUGCUCUGCUGCGCCUCCACCCUCUUCACCGUCCUCACCUACCUGGUGGACAUGAAGCGCUUCAGCUACCCCGAGCGGCCCAUCAUCUUCCUCUCGGGCUGCUACACGGCUGUGGCCGUGGCCUACAUCGCCGGCUUCCUGCUGGAGGAGAGGGUGGUCUGCAACGAGCGCUUCGCCGAGGACGGCUCCCGCACUGUGGCGCAGGGCACGAAGCGGGAGGGCUGCACCAUCCUCUUCAUGAUGCUCUACUUCUUCGGCAUGGCCAGCUCUAUCUGGUGGGUCAUCCUCUCCCUCACCUGGUUCCUGGCCGCCGGCAUGAAGUGGGGCCAUGAGGCCAUCGAGGCCAACUCCCAGUACUUCCACCUGGCCGCCUGGGCCGUGCCGGCCAUCAAGACCAUCACCAUCCUGGCCCUGGGGCAGGUGGAUGGGGACAUCCUCAGUGGCGUCUGCUUUGUGGGCAUCAACAACGUGGACGCCCUGCGUGGCUUCGUGCUGGCCCCCUUGUUCGUCUACCUGUUCAUCGGCACCUCCUUCCUGCUGGCCGGCUUUGUGUCCCUCUUCAGGAUCCGGACCAUCAUGAAGCACGACGGCACCAAGACGGAAAAGCUGGAGAAGCUCAUGGUGAGGAUAGGCAUCUUCAGCGUCCUCUACACAGUGCCGGCCACCAUCGUCAUUGCCUGUUAUUUUUACGAGCAAGCUUUUAGGGAACAGUGGGAGAGGAGCUGGGUCACGCAGAGCUGUAAGAGCUACGCCAUCCCCUGCCCCAACAACCACAGCAGCCACCACCCACCCAUGAGCCCCGACUUCACCGUCUUCAUGAUCAAGUAUCUCAUGACCUUAAUCGUGGGCAUCACCUCGGGCUUCUGGAUCUGGUCUGGGAAAACCCUGAACUCCUGGAGGAAGUUUUACACCAGGCUCACCAACAGCAAGCAGGGCGAGACCACCGUCUGAGACCCCUUC